AUGCAAAAGGCAAUGUCCAGCCCAAGUCGAGAUCCCACUCCCGAGAGCCAUGAAACCGAUGCGUUAAGCUCUUCGGCGCCCAUCAACUCAGAGCUCAUCGCUAUUGACAAGAGCUCUUGGAAGCGGGCCUUGCAUCGUGAUCGCUACUAUGGAUCUCUCCUUUUCAACGUCGCAGCCUUCAUCCUCCCCGCCCUCUAUGGAACGCUCUCAAAGCUCUGGGUCGCCAACAUCGAUUCUUCAAUGGUCGUAACAACAGACGCCUUCACCUACAUGAACACCGCUUCCGAGGCCGUCAACGAGGGCCUCCCAAGAGCCGCCUGGGUCAUCAUUGGAGACGAGGCAUCUCGAAGCCUUUCUGAGCGCCUCCAGCUGACCCAUACUCUGAUUGCGUUCCAGUCGCUGGUGGGAUUCCUCUUAAGCGUAAUAUUUCUCGGCGCUGCCCCAAAGUUCGCCGACAGCUUUGUGCCAGAGGAAGUUCGGGCGGCCAGCUUGACGUAUGUGCGCAUCACUUCGUUCACGGUCUUGAGCGGCGCGAUUGAGACAGCUGUCGCAUCGGCAACGAGAGCGUUGGAUAAGCCUGAUGUACCGCUGGUCAUCAGCUCCAUCAAGUUUGCCGUCAAUAUAAUCUUGGAUUUAUUGAUCAUCUCUCGCUAUCAUGUCGGCUCGUUCAAGCCAACAGUCAAUAUGCAGGGGAUCAUUCAACUGGUCUGUAACCUGACUGCCGCAUUGGCAGGAUUGGCCUAUUUUCUCUAUUUCGUGAGCUUUUCUACGUGGCGGAAGCAUACAGGUAGUCAGUUCCCACUCGACGACCACGUUACAAGGAGCAACAGGUCACUCUCGCCAACGCUCCGAGGACUGCGCGUUUUACUAAAGCCUGGACUCAUCUUCUUCGCCGAGUCGGCCAUCAGAAAUGCAUUAUACCUUUGGCUCGUUACCACCGUUGUUUCUUUAGGAUCAGUCUACGCCACUGCCUGGGGAGUCUUCAACACCAUCCGCUGGGGACUGGUCAUGGUUCCUGUACAAGCCCUCGAGGCAACAUCUCUUCAAUUCAUCGGCCAUAAAUGGGGACAGUGGCGACAACUGAUCGGAGUCAACAACCGGAGGCCAAAGGCAGGUUGGAAAGAGAUUUUCAGUCUCAUUAGCCCUGCUCUACGAUCACUUGUGAUAGCUCUCCUCGUCGAAGUCCCCAUCGCCAUUUUCCUUUCGGCAUUUGGCGCCCGGCCGUUUGCACUUUAUAUCAGCGGAUCGAGUCAAGUUGCCGAUGUUACUGCGCACAUGUGGCGGACCAUUGACUGGUGCUACAUCUUCUAUGCAAUGUCGACGCAGCUUGCGACCAUUUUGCAAGCAACCAGACCCAAGUGGUACCUGUAUCAGAGCUUAGCAAGCAACUUGUUGUAUGUCCUACCGUGGGCGAUAGUGUGUCAGGUUGUUCAUUUGGAUGAGGGAAAUGCAUGGACAUACCAUAGCCUCAUAUUUGGAGGCAGUCUUGUCUUUAGUUUUGUUGAUGUUCUCAUAGUAGUCGGUGUGUGGAUGUGGACCUUGUGGGCAGGCAAAGCGAGAUUAGAAGUGAUUCAAAGUUAG